UUGGGCAAUAUCUGGUCUUUAAAAGAAGGGAAGUCUGCAAUAACUGCUUCACUCUCAAAGGAGACAACAGACAUCUAUCGCUGUCCGCUCAACAGGAUGAAGAAGAAGUUGAUCCUUGAUGUAGACACAGGGGUGGAUGAUGCUCUGGGCAUCAUGGUGGCCCUUGCCGACCCCAAUACGGAGAUUUUGGGGAUCACCUGCUGCCAUGGCAACACAAUGCUGGAGAACGUCCUCAAGAACACUCUCCGAGUCCUGAAAGAGUGCAACAGGCUGGAUAUCCCUGUGUAUCCUGGCUGCUCAUGCCCACUGCUGGCCCGUAAACAAUAUGCUGGAGAUUUCCACGGGAAGGACGGGCUGGGCGACGUCCCUGAUCCAAAUGCUCCAGGCCUGGAGCUGCUGCAGAAGAAGAAAGCUGUGCAGGCCAUGAUCGAUAUUGUCAAAGAGAACCCUGCAGAAGUGACUCUGGUGGCCACGGCCCCUCUCACUAACCUGGCUGUCGCAGUGCAACUGGACCCUUACUUCCCUCAGAGACUGAAGGCACUCUACAUCAUGGGAGGCAACACUGAAUCCAGAGGUAACACCACAGUAUGUGGAGAGUUUAACUUCGUGGCUGACCCCGAGGCUGCCUACAUUGUGUUGGACCGCUACACCUGUCCCACCUACAUCGCUACCUGGGAGUUCACCUGCAGAAUGAGCCUGCCGUGGUCUUUCUGUGAUCAGUGGCUGGCCCGAGACACUGAGAAGGCAGCCUUUCUGAAAAAGAUUACAGCCCUAUCCUUCAAGAGAGCUCAGUCAAAGGACUAUCAAAAGGAGAUCAUAGCAGGCAAAGGGUUCAACUCCUGUGACACCUACGCCAUGGCUGCCGCCAUCGAUGACACACUCAUAACAGAGAGUGAAGAGGUUGCAGUGUCCGUGGAGUUGGAGGGGACCUACACCCGAGGCAUGAUGGUGCUGGACUACAUGGAGCUGCUGAAAAAGAAACACAAGGCCUUCAUCAUGAAGAAAAUUGACUCGGAGAAGUUCAAGCAAAUGUUGAUGAAUUCAUUGAAGUAGACAGAUAUUUUAACAAGCGAGAGCCAUGAAUUUUGUUCACUAAAAGAAAAAGCAAAGCAGCAUUUUUUUCCUGUUUUCUUUCAUUUUUUUCAUUCAUUUUUCAGCAUUUGUAAUGGUUUUAUCAUUUUGCUACAACUUGACAGGUGCAUUUACAGUCAGUGAGAAUUAUGUGAGAAGUGAAAAUGUAUUUUAUUUUCACGACUACAUUUAGAGGUUUGGUUAAAGCAGUUUCUAUAUCCUCAUGGGAUGAGGUCUAAAAGCAAAAUGAAACUUGUGGAAAUAAAUUGCUUCCAGACAGCCCUUUUAAGUGGUUUGGACACAAAAGGGAACUUGAAGCCUGACAAGUUGGAUUCUCGCAUGACCUUGUAAUGUCAUGAUCUCAAGAAUCCAGCUGCCUUGCAAGCUAAAUGAUACUGGUCUGACCUGUAAACUUGAGAGUCCAGGUGAGGGCAAUACAGCCCAGUUUGACAAAGUGGAUGAUAAAAAGCUUUCCCAGUCAAUGAAUUAAUAAUGACAUGUCCCUGCAGUCACUUGAUGAAAUCAAUUUGAGAUGGGAGUUAUGGGUCAUUGAAUGAAUAAGUGCAUUAACACAAUUUAGGCUCACUGCAGACUAUUUCUGAACAACAAUGAGCCACUCUUCAAACUGUAACUUA